AUGGCGCUCGCGCGAGCCAUCACAGCGAGCUACGACGCACUGAGGACACAGCAGCAGGGUCCAUCUGUCGUUUCGUUUGCUGCUGCUGCAGAUGGUAAUUCCGAAGAGGCGUUGCUGAGCCCACUGGAGCUGUUGUCGGCGUUUACCAGCGCGUUGGACGCGAUGUCCGAUACCGACGACGACGUUCGCCGUGCGGCACUCGUCGUGCUGCGCGUCAUCCUCCGCCCUCCCUGCGGCUCUCAGCGCGGCGGCGUGACGUGUGACCUAGAUCGGACGCGUGCCGUGUUGAGCGUGGUGAACGUGACGCUGACCCACGCCAUGGUGUCCGUGCGUCGCUCCGGCGUGGAGCUGCUGCAACUCAUCCUGCAGGUCAGUCCACGCGGUGUUCGUGCGGUGCUGCGCGAGUCUUCAGUCUGGGUGAAGAUGGCGAGUCGUGUCUCCUCCGUCGUUAUGCAGGGCGGUGGCAGCAGCAACACCGGCAACACAACAGCAGGUACAGCGCCGGCGAUGAAGAUGAUUCACGUUGUACCCGAGUUGCUCGAGACGAUGCUGCGACACCGCACAGAUGUGCUCGACAACAGCAGUGGGGAGGAGGUCCAGCAGGACGAAGUAAAGACGGAGGAAGUGGGCAAUGAUGAUGGAACAGGCGGUGGUGAUGCUGCUACUGGUGCAGCGCCGGAAGAAAUAUUGGCCCUCUUCGAGGAGUGCGCACCACGGUGGAGCAUGGCGUGGAAGGAGCUGAUGGAGCUGCGCGCGGCUCUCUUCCGCGAUGCAGAGCGGGUACAGCGGGCCACCGCAAUGGCGCGUACGUUUGCUUGCAUGGCUUUGUACCUGCGCGAAGAGCGGCUACUUAAACGGUCGCAUGCACAGUUGAUUCGGCAGCUUUUUACAGCCAAGGUGCCGUUCACGAUGCACGAGUUGAUUUCUCCUACUACUACUGCUGCUGCUGCUGCUGCUGCGUCGGCGGAGGGUGCUGGUAGUGGUGGCAGUAGCAACAAGGCACGGGUGGAGUUGGCGAACGCCAUUGCUGAUGCAUGCCUCCCUGUGGCGGCCACCGAUGAAGACGCGUGGCGUGUGCUUCGGGACUUCUUGUCCAUCGUCCUCCGUGGCGCGAAGGAUGCGGCAUCGUCGGCGCACGCUGGCGGCGACUCCAAACGUGCUGUGCAACUAUUGGGCCCGCUGCGCACACUGCGGACGGCGGUGGUGCGGUUCCCUGCCAAGCUCCUACCACGACUGCUGUUUCUUGCGCCCCCGCUUCUGCAAGUUGUAACACGCUCCGCCAGCAGCAUCAGCAGCAGCAGUGCAGACGCCACUGCGUGGGUGACGGUGCUCCUUGCAACAGCAGAUGUUCUCGCCGUCCUGCUUGCCUCGCAGGCUGCUACCGCCUCGCCGCACGGGGUGCGCUUUCUUUCUGAGGCUGUCUUGGCGGUGCCACGGCUGCUCUUCUCUCUUCGAAGCCACGAGGAUGCCGCGGUGGUGGAUCGCGUUGUGUUGGCCUUCCUGCAGCCGCUCUGGCGUGUUGCGAGCACUGGUCACCCGUUGCUGCACUCCUCUGCAUCCGCUGGUGGAGAUGCCGCGACGCAGCUGCGCCUGUCACUGCCGUCGCUCUUUGAGCUUCGCGUGCCCAAUGAGGAGAAAUCUGGUGAGUACAUCACACUGGAGGGUGUGCUGUGCCGCUGCAGCGACCGCACAGUGGAGUUGGCGGUGCAUGUGCUCUUCUACCUUGGCGGCGAGGUGCCCUGUACACGUAUGGGGAGCAUAAGCGGCAGCGAGAGAGCUGCGCCCCUCGCGUUUCCAGCACUCACCAGCACCCUUCCCUGUUAA